CUAAUCUGAACUGGUCCUGAUCACCACUUCAAACUCCUUCGUUUACCUUGAAAUUCUUUGUGUGAACAAGACCCAGGUACUAGAGUCCCUAGGCUUGGCGCAGACGCUUAUCAACGGUCCCUGGGAGAUACUUUCAACUUUCAAAAGAACAGUCUCCUCCUCACAAAAACACCACAAUCGCUAUACGUCGGCAGACGCCCACUGAUAACGGCUUAACGCCUGAGAGUUGGGGAACCUCUAUAAUCGUAACGGUACAUGCCUGAGACACUCCGAGACGACGUCGACAUGCACAACUCGUUUCCAGAAGUGCAGCUGCCGGAGGGGCGGGUGCUUAUCAUAAUAACAGGUGGUACGAUAUGCAUGAGAAAAUCAGAAAAUGGUCUGGUACCGGCAAGAGGAUUCCUAAAAGCUGGACUGGCACCACGGCCGUGCUUCAACGACGGGUCGUAUCCGGAACCACUGGAUCUGGUGAUUGAUGACGCGGGCACACGGAAAGCGGUGCAGAGUCUUCGAUGCCCCAUCAGCGCCUACGAGAGAAGAGUCCGUUAUUGCGUGUACGAGUUCGAGACGCUGCUGGACAGCAGCUCCAUAGACGCCGCCGGAUGGGACCAAAUUGCCAAGUGCAUCUACCGGAACUACCAGCUUUUCGACGGAUUCGUGGUUCUCCAUGGCACCGACUCACUGGCCUACACGUGCUCGGCCCUGAGCUUCAUGCUUCACAACCUAGGCAAGCCGGUGAUUCUGACGGGGUCGCAGACGCCCAUGAUGGAGUUGCAGAACGACGCUCAAGACAACUUGUUGAGUUCGCUCAUCAUAGCGGGACACUUCAUGAUUCCCGAAGUGUGUCUAUUCUUCAACUACAAGCUCUUCCGCGGGAAUCGGAGCACAAAGGUCUCGGCCGACGACUUCGAAGCAUUCGCCAGCCCAAACAUGCCACCCUUGGCAACGGUCACUUCGACGCGGACCAAGGUGCAGUGGGAUCUCGUCUACCGACCCACCGUCGUGGAGCCCUUCAGCAUCCAGACGAAGCUGGACACGGCGCACGUGGCCUGUCUCCGGAUCUUCCCCGGCAUAAAGCCCGAAAUGCUCGAUGCAGUGCUACGCUUGGAAGGCCUCAAAGGACUGGUGUUGGAGACGUUUGGAGCCGGGAACACGCCGGGCGGACCGGAUAGUGCCAUGACGCGGAUCCUCGCCGACGCCGUCAAGAGAGGCAUCGUCAUUGUCAAUGUCACGCAAUGCCUGAGCGGCAGCGUGAGUCCACUGUACGCUCCAGCCACGGUGCUGGGGAGAGCGGGCGUGGUCUUCGGUCAAGAUCUCACGACCGAGGCGGCUCUCACCAAGUUGGCGUACCUGCUGGCGCUCCCGGAUGCGACGCCCGAAGAAGUUGCAGCACGGAUGUCGGUCUCGAUUCGCGGCGAGCUGACGGAGAAGACGAGGACGCAUUUUGAGCACCCGAAGAGCGGUACCUUGACGCCGGAACUGUCGAGCUUGACGGCACUGGGGUAUGCCAUUCAGAGCGGCAACCUACAGGAAACGCGAGACAUCAUACGGGGCGAGCCUCGAUGGCUGCUCAACGAUGCCGACUACAACCUAAACACACCGGUGCACCUCGCGGCGAGCGGACCGAACAUUGAAAUCCUGCGCGACUUUGUGGCCCAGGGGGCAUCGGUGCAUCUGCGCAACCGCAGCGGGCACACGCCGCUGUACCUGGCGGCGGCGGCGGGGCGGAGGGAGCACGUCGAGGUGCUCAUGGAGGCUGGGGCGCAUCUGCACUCGGAUGAGAUGGCGUCGGCGAGGAAGCGUGCGGCGGAGGGGAAUGGGGAUGGGGAAAGGGAGCUGUGGGCGCUGGUCACAGGACAGACGGACGGAAUCGAAAAGGUGGUGAGGAAUUGACGGCACUGGAUAGGACAACGAGCACGUUUCUGACGGGACGAGUUAAUGAGAAUAGGAGGCUUGGUUGUCUUGUGUGCGUGUGGGUGUGGUUAUGUCGCCAUAUCGGGGCGUUUAUACUAUAGUAUGCAUAUGGGGUCCUCUGACUUGUUCAGAGCGAAGUCAUCCAGCGCACCAAGGAGCAAUCUGGGGAUGUCUGGGUUUGGUGAUGGUGUUAUUAUUGCUGCAUUACUGCUGCCGAGAAGCUGCAGGCGGACGUGUAGUUGUUAUGCCGACCUGGCUCGCUGAGGGGAAGAGGAGAGAGAAGAGGGCCGGGGGACAUAGAGAGGGGAUAGGAACCCAGGUGGCGGCUUCUGCCGAAUCGCGAUCUGAUA